CCUCUGAGGAGAGAGCAGCUGGAAGAUCAAGUUUGAAACUCUUAAAGAAACUGAUCUGAACUACAGAGAGUGAAACAAAGUCACUCAAACUCUCUGAAACUUGUCAGAUGAAUGUCACAUGAUACAACAUGUAACUGCAGGAAGAYGAGGAUAAAAAGUGGACAAAGUUCAACAUCAUAAAGUGUUUGUGUGUCGGAGCAGAGCUGCAGCUGAAACAUCUGAAGAAAAAUAAUCUGAAUUCAUCUUUUCUUUACUAACAUCUGAUUCUAAUCCAGAGUUCAGACAUGUCUGCUGGCAGCAACCUGAGGUCUGAGGAUCAGUUCCMGUGCUCCAUCUGUCUGGACCUGUUCACUGAUCCGGUCAGCACCUCAUGUGGACACAACUUCUGUAAAACCUGCAUCASRCAACACUGGYACAGUGAUGUUCUGUACGACUGUCCUCUGUGUAAAGAACAGUUCCCCUCCAGGCCUCAGCUCAAAGUCAACACCUUCAUCAAAGAGAUGGUGGAUCAGUUCAGACGUAACCCUGAGGGAACUGUAGUGAGAGCUGUGCCUSAGCUGGAUGAGGACCUCAUACAGACGAUGAAGAUGAUGAUGUCUGAGGCUGAGCUGAAGAGCAUCCAGCAGUUUGAGGUGGAUCUGACUCUGGAUCUUAAAACUGUAGARCAUCGCGUCAUGCUGUAUGGUGAUUUAAUUUGCCGUGGAUAUGCGUGGAAAAAGCUUUCAAAGAACCCAGAGAGCUUUUCUGGUUUUGUUUCUAUUUUAGGGAACCAGUGUUUCUCUUCAGGCAGAUUUUACUUUCAAGUUCAGGUUAUAAUAAACACUGACUGGACUUUAGGAGUGACCAGAGGGUACAUCAAGAGGAAGGGAAAAGUCAAACAGAGUCUUAAAAAUGGUUUCUGGGCCAUUGGGUUGAGAAAUGGAUACGAGUACUUUGCUUUUACUGAUCCUCCAGUUCGUCUCAGUCUUCAGUCAGGUCUUGAGAGGGUAGGGGUGUUUGUGGAUUAUCAGGAGGGUAAGGUCUCCUUUUAUGAUGUUGAUGCUGCAGCUCUGAUCUACUCCUUUCCUAGAUGCUUCUUCCAUACAGAACUCUACCCGUACUUUGGCCCAUACCCUAAAUAUGGAGGUAUAAACUCGUGUCCUCUGUUCAUCUGUCCUGUCAAUCAAUCAGCUCCACCCACCAAGAACUGGACCCAGGUCAGAGUUGAUCCUCCAUCAUAUGAGGGGACUGUGGUGAGAACUGUGCUUCAGCUGGAGGAGGAGGUCAGGGAGAAGAUGAAGAAGAUGAAGAUAUUUGAGGCUGAGCUGAAGAGAGUCCAGAAGUUUGACGUGGAUCUGACUCUGGAUCCUAAAACUGCAAAUGCUCACCUCAUCCUGUCUGAUGAUGGAAAACAGGUGAAAGAUGGAGAUGUGAUGAAGAAACUUCCAGAAAACCCAGAGAGAUUUACUAACUGGGUUUCUGUUUUAUCAAAUCAGAGUUUCUCUUCAGGCAGAUUUUACUUUCAGGUUCAGGUUAAAGGAAAAAUUGAGUGGGAGUUAGGAGUGGUCAAAAAGUCCAUCAAGAGGAAGGAAUCAUACAUACCAAGUCCUAAGGAAGGUUUCUGGGUUGUUGGGUUAGUAAAAGAACAUGGGUACUCAGCUGCUGCUGAUCCUCCAGUCCCUCUCAGUCUUCAUCCUGGUCCUGAGAAGGUGGGGGUGUUUGUGGAUUAUCAGGAGGGUCUGGUCUCCUUUUAUGAUGUUGAUGCUGCAGCUCUGAUCCACUCCUUCACUGGCUGCUGCUUCACUGAACCACUCUACGCGUACUUUAAUCCUUACCCUAAUGAUGGAGGUAAAAACUCAGCUCCUCUGAUCAUUUGUCCUGUCAAUCAAUCAAACCGAUGUAUCCUUUCAUAAAGCUUCAUGAACAAAGAAUCUGUUCAAAAGUCAACYGUUUAGUUCACAGCUGGAUUUAUUCAUUUUUAUCUCAAAUACAAAAUGUCAUCAUUACUUUAUAAUUCCAACCAUCAUCUUGUUUCAGAGUCAUAUUUCAGAGYCAGCAGUUUUAUCAGGYA